AAGCCUUUCCCGCGAGUAACUCAUCCAUUCUUCCUUCCACUACGUCCGUAAGCAAAUAAAUAAUCUCCUUCGUAUUUACAAUAAACUUCCCCUCCGUUUGUUUUUCGUUAAACAAUGUCCGCAUCGCAACGGAUGAACGCCGGCGAAACUAUAGAUUCCGUCAAACUAUACAACGAUCUCUGCUACGAUCUAUCAUCUCUCCAAGACCUCGCCUGCCGCGGCGCCUGGCGAUCCAUUCUCGAUAAAGUAGCUCAAGCACGUUCCAGAUCUCUGCUAUCUAAACCUCAUGAACAUCUUGUUUAUUUGUCUUAUAAUGCUAUAGCUCUCACCAAACUACGUCGUUUCUCUGAAGCCGUUGCUGAGCUAGAUCUAGUCGAAAAAGGUCUUGAUAACAUUUACAGGUAUGAAACUUAUCCGCAUCAUUAUCCUAACUGUCAUGGAUCUAUGGCGCCGUUCGUGCUCCGUUGGUUACAUGCUGAACUGCCUGCUAGGUUAGGUAAGCGUCAGGAGACUCUAGAUAGGUUCUAUAUGUUGUUAGAGUUUAUUAAGGAGAAGUUGAGUAAGAAUUUGGCGGAUGAGGCGCGUCAGGUGUGGCGAAAGCGCGAGUGUUUGGUGAUUAAUUCGAUAAUAAGUCAUCAUCUGAGUUAUAAGGAGUUUGGUGUGUGUUUGGAGUUGAUGAAGGAUUUGGUUAACCGUGAGUUGAGUCCAGUUGCGAGAGCGGUUUUGAUGUCGAAGCUAGGGUAUGUUCAGAUGCAGUUUGGGGAUUUGGAAGGUGCGAAGGGGACGUUCGGUGUGAUUGAGGGGAUUGUGAGGGAAAUGAAAGGGGAGAUUGAGAUUGAGAUGGCGAAUCUUGUGAAUAGGAAUAAGGCGUUGGUGUUUAUGGUUGAGAAGGAUUAUGCGUCGGCGGUUAGGGAGUAUCAGACGUGUAUUGAUAGAGAUGGUGAGGAUGUGGUUGCGAUUAAUAAUAAGGCGCUUUGUUUGAUGUAUAUGCGUGAUUUGUCAGAUUCUAUUAAGGUGAUGGAAAAUGCUUUGGAGAGGAUACCGACGAUUGCGUUAAAUGAGACGUUUGUGGUGAAUUUGUGUAGUAUGUAUGAGUUGGCUUAUGUUAAUCACUCGGAUAUUAAGAAAACGCUUGGUACUUGGAUUGCUCGUGUUGCGCCUGAUGAUUUUGAUACUUCGUGCACUCGAAUAUGAGAUGCGCAUGAUGGGAUGCUGAUAACACAUCAAGUGUAGCGAUUCGUUGAGAUUCCCUUAUGCGACAUUGAUGUGGCGAAAUCGCAUAAUGUGACCCAUCGCAUGAUGCGGUCUGUUGCGCGCAAUAUGAACUGGGUUGGAUUUUUGAGCUCCCAGACCUUUGAUUCUUUGAAACAUUAGGGAGUGUUGAGUUGCAUGUUCAUGGAGGUGUUGAGUUGCAGGUAAGAAAAAAGAAGGGAAAAAGGAAGAGACUAGGUGAGAUCAGAUUGUGCGUGCAUUGGUGGAAUCAGAACAUUUAACUGCAGGGUCACAUUAGAAUUCUGCAAUGAUUUACUUUUGAAUUUGUUAUGUGUGGUCGGGGUGCUCAGUCCCCUGCCUUCGGGUACCCCCUACCUGCAGACCAAACGCUGUCGCCAGACGGAGGGAGGGGGGUGUCACUAAAUCGGGUAAUGGAUGGACCAAGUGAUGUCGCGUAAUGGGAUUGGCGGGGACUUAGAGUAUGUGGGUUGAACACCUCCCCCCCCCCCCCUCCAAACCCCAAGGCUAGUGGGUGUGGUAUAAGGCCCCUAGGGGUUUUAUCACGCCACUUCGGCGUCACGUUGGCUUCAUGUCACAUAGGGGGCUUUAAAGCCCAUCCCUUUAACUUGCAUGCAUUGG